AUGCAGACUCGCGAGAGGCAGAUGUGCACCACGUCUCUGCAGACGCUUCAAGCGGUGAUGCGCUCCCAGGAUUCUUCCGGACACUUGCAUUUCUGCUAUGUUUGCAACGAGAAGACGCACGUCACACUCACCUUGGCCAGUAUCGUGCAACACACAACACGCAUCGAGCCGCUCCUCUCCAGCCAUACAGCCAGCCACACCAACCAAACCGACAUUUCCCAGUGUCGACGACAGCCAUUGUCCCAAGAAGGAGGGGCACAGCGUCCCCGGAGCGUUCCUCCGGCAAGCGUCCGAUCUCUACUACGCCAUGUUCCAACCACGGUUGCCAGGUAUUUAGCACGUCAGGGUCAGUCGACAUGCCGCCUUGGCCACGGCACACACUUCAGACGUGGACGAGUGAUUGGACUUGAAGACGAGUGUACAGAAACCGCGGAGGCAGAGAUGCUUGCCCGAUGCGGACAGCACCUUGGGACAACAUGUGGUGGCGGCCUCGACGUCCCGCCUUCACCAAGCUUGCAACCCAUGUUCCCGCCCUCGUCGGCCGACUUCUCCACUCUGGGGCUGACGUGCUCUGUGUUUCGGGUAUGA